CUGUUAUUAAGGAGAGGGCCAUAUAUUUUUACUUCCUUUCCUGAGAGGACUCAGUUGGAAUGUAUGUUCAGGUAAAUCCUAUAAGGAAUGACAACUACCUGAUUAAUUUCUAAAUUCACCAGUGGCCAUCAUCAAAGUUCACCUCAUAGGCAAAAUUUACCACAGGGCAAAAUAGAUUAACUAAGCCUGGAUGGUCAUUGCAAGGAUAUUAAGAAAUAUGGGCUAUAACAAGUUAAGAAUGAUAGAAUUAUAAUUAUAUAAACCCCUUAGGAACAUGGUUAGUGAAAGUGCCAUUUGCACAAGCUGGCAGCUGUACAGGUACAGAAUUUAUUCCUCUGGGAAGCCGAGUUCUCUCAAUCUGCCCUGGCAGGUUUACACAAACAUGGUGGUAGCAGUGCCUUAAAAGCCAUACUUCCCCAACUUAGGCAGACUACACUCACCAGAUUACAGCAGUCAGAGUUGGCAGACUACUAUAGCUUCUUUAGAUUGAAAACAAUCAAUUUUUAUUUCCCUUGUACAGCAGUACCUUGCAAUUGUGUUUUUGUUCUUCAGAGAUGAAGGUUUUCUUAGUUCUCCAAACACCAAAGUCUGAUAGAAACAACAAAUUUAAUUUACUGUCCCUAAAAAUGUAAGACCUGUUCUGUUUGACUUCCCAUGUGCUCGCUGUGUAUUUGAUUACAAACCAUUCCUAUGGACAGAGUGAUUAUUUAUGUUGUGGACAGUGGCAGAUCUGUUCAGUCAAAUUCCUCCCAAAGGGCUCAGUGCACUCAGAGAAUAGGAGGAGCAUCAGCAGCAUUACAGACUGCAGCAAACACAUCUCGUGCAAAAGACAGAAGAGCAGAGAGGAGAAAAGAGAAGAGAAAGAUUGAGAGAAGACUGUACUGCUUGAGGAAGAAAACAUAUAAACUGACAAUUCAAUACAUCAGGAGUUACACAAGCAACAUGUCUCGAUCACCAGGAAGAAAGCAGGAGAACCACAAAAUAAGCAGAGAACUUUUUGUACUCACAUAUGGGGCUUUGGUAGCCCAGCUGUGCAAGGAGUAUGAAAAAGAUGAAGAUGUCAAUGCCUGUUUAGAUAGAAUGGGAUACAGCAUCGGCAUAAGACUGAUUGAUGACUUUUUGGCUCGUUCAGCUGUGAAAAAGUGCCGUAGUUACUCUGAAACGGCACACAUGAUUGCACAGGUUGCUUUCAAGAUGUACCUUGGGGUCACCCCUAGUGUGAGCUGUAAUAGUGCCACAGGGAAUGAAUUCUCCUUAAUCCUGGACAAAAACCCACUAGUGGACUUUGUGGAGGAGCUGCCAGCGGAACGAGCAUCACUUUGCUAUUGUAACCUCCUCUGUGGGGUGAUUCGAGGUGCCUUGGAAAUGGUUCACUUGGCAGCAGAAGUUUCCUUCCUCCAGGACAGACUGAAGGGUGAUGCUGUGACAGAAAUAGGAAUUACAUUUUUAAGGAAGCCUGAAGACAGAAAGCACAGAAGGAACAAAUGAAAAGAAUAUUGGGAGAGAGCCUUUCUGGGGGAUAUUUUGUGCCUUUUGUUUCAGAAGAAGACAGGGUAAAAACGGCUUUACUGAGUCAGCUGCACCAGUCAGCUGGUUACAAGGUGAAGAGACCUGGGCAGCAAAGAGGAGGGGCAGGGCACAACAAUUAACAUUGUCCCAACAAUGUUAAUUGUUGUGACAUGGAUAUCAGUAAAAAAGAUCAAAAUUAUCUGCCCUUUCUUCUCACAUACCCAGCCUCUUGAGCUUAAUGGAAGUUUUAUCUCAGUAUUUAGUGUGUGCUAGUUGUUAUUCUGUAUAGCAACUGUUUUCAGGUAAAGCUGAUGCCCUUUUCCCGUUUUGUCAGUAAUGUUUCAAAGCAUGGCUGCUAGAGGUGCUUUAUUUCCCUGGCUGUGUGUGGUUAUCCAUAAAGGAUUCCUCUGCUGUCAUUGCUGUAUGCAGUGUCUCGCUCACAGGUGCAUGUUUUGAUGUGUAAUGCUUUGCCAUUCAUUGUCCUCCAUGCUGGACAUCCUGCUGUCUUUGAAACCAGGGAGGGAUGGGUCUUCACUGCCGCUGGUGGUGUUCUUUCCAGCUCUUCAGGCCCCACAUGCAGUUUUGCUGGCACUCCUGCUCAGUGUUGUGCACACACCAGGCUGUAGCCCUCUGACAGCUGCAGCAGCGCUUGUGUCUCACCAAGCUAUGGGCCUUUUCAUGUCAGCCUUCUCUCCAAGAGCACUGAUCUUGUGGCCAAACUGAACAAAGCAUGACGUGUUUAAUGUAUAGCCAUUGUGGAUCUGUACCCGCCUAAGGAAACUUGAAUUAAAAUUCUGAGAUUGCCACAGAA